AUGGAGAACUUCAUUCUGUAUGAGGAGAUCGGAAGAGGAAGUAAGACAGUUGUUUAUAAAGGACGAAGAAAGGGGACAAUUAAUUUUGUUGCCGUUCUUUGCACUGAUAAAUGCAAAAGAGCUGAAAUAACAAACUGGGUUCGUCUGACUCAUGAAAUCAGACACAAGAAUAUAGUGACAUUUCACGAGUGGUAUGAAACAAGCAACCAUCUCUGGCUUGUAGUGGAAUUAUGCACAGGUGGUUCUCUAGAGUCUGUUAUUGCCCAAGAUGAACAUCUACCUGAAGAUGUAGUGAGAGAAUUUGGUGUUGAUUUGAUUACUGGUUUAUACCAUAUUCAUAAGCUUGGAAUUAUCUUUUGUGAACUGACACCUGGAAAGAUUCUGCUGGAAGGGCCUGGCACUUUGAAAUUCAGUAAUUUUUGCUUGGCUAAAGUGGAUGGUGAAAAUUUGGAAGAAUUUUUUGCUUUAGUUGGAUCUGAAGAAGCCGAAGGAGAUGUUGGUGAAAGCACUCCACAAAGAUACCUGAAAAAUAGAUUUCGAGGCUCUACGUUAUACACAGCUCCAGAAGCAAUAAAGGGAAAAGACUUCUCCAAAGGCAGUGAUCUGUGGUCCUUGGGAUGUUUACUUUAUGAAAUGUUCUCAGGAAGACCACCAUUCUUCUCAGAUAGCUUUUCUGAAUUAAUUGAAAAGAUUUUAUAUGAAGAUCCAUUGCCACCUAGACCACAGGGUUCUGCUUUUCAGAAACCUUCUGCUGAGUUCAUGAGUUUGCUUGAUGGGUUGCUUCAAAAAGAUCCUCAGAAAAGGCUGAAUUGGACAGACCUGUUGCAGCACCCAUUCUGGAAAGGAUCCCUUAGCCAUUGUGGUGGUGAUUCUGCAGACAGCCAGGGCACAAGGUCAAGUAGUGAAGACACAGAGUCAUCAGUGUCUUGGAGUGCCAAAGAGCCAGUGGAUACUCGUAAAAAUUUAGAUAACCUGUCAUCCUCAAGGGAAGACUAUAAGCUACCAAGCAAUUCUUUCAAAAUAGAAACUCAGGCUGAAUUGCGCCCCAAAAGUGCAGUUGAUGGUGAAUCAAAUGAAUCCAUAUUUCUUCUCAGUUCUCGUCCCACACCUAGAACUAGUACUGCAGUAGAAGUAAGUGAUUCUACUACUGCCCCAAUCCAAAAUUCUCCACAAAGAGAUUCAUGCUUUGAAAAGGCUAAAAAUAUGUGCUCAAGUCAGCAGGAUAUGGAGUCAACAUUGAAAGAGCUCAUUUACACUGAGUCUGAUCUUAUCAUAACACCAAUCAUUGAUAAUCCAAAGAUAAUGAAGCAAGUACCAGUUAGACUGGACUUGAAAACUUUACAUAUACCAACAUAUUCAGCUGAGAAGCUAUCAUCUAUGAAAGACAUGGACUGGAAUGACUUCUUGCAACGAGUAUGUUCACUGCUUGAUUCCACCGAGAAGAAUACAGGAGCAGCACGUUCUAAACUGAACUUACUGUACUAUCUGUCUACUGUGGCUGUCCACAAGGAAAAUGCAAGCAGGCUAAUUAGCUCUCAGCUGUUUCCUAUAUUGAUACAGCAGCUGCGUGCAGCCGCCAACUGGGAUAUACGUGCCAAAGUUGCUCGAGUGAUUGGUUUACUGGCAUUACACACAUCUGAACUUGGAGAAAAUGUACCUGUUUCUGAGGCAAUUAUACUUUUAACUGAACUCAUCAGAGAGAACUUCAGAAAUAGCAAAUUGAAACAAUGCCUUCUACCAGCACUUGGGGAGCUUCUUUACCUCGUAGCCAGAGAGGAGGAAAAAAGGGAGCACCCCAGAGAAUGCUGGGUUGUUCCCUCGGCUGCUUACACUGUGCUAAUGAGGUGUCUUCGGGAAGGG